CGGGGCAUGCUGGGAUAUUUAGUUUCACACUAGAGAUUUCAAUAGGGUGAUGAAUGGAAAUUCCUUAGUUACACUACAUAACCCACAAUGCAACGCUGCUCAGUACUGACUGGGGAUUUGAGCUGCUGAAAGAAGAACCCUCUCUGUAUAACAUGGAGCAGAACUUGUUGUUCCUGGAUGGACUGGGUGAGCACUCGAUUCUCUCCUUUACUUAAAGGAGAAGGAAAGGUUAAAAGCAACUAGCCGUCUGGCCCAGAGAUCUCACUGGAGAGAGAAGUGAGGGAGGAGAUGGGAGACGGCAGCCAGGGGAUAAAGUGUGAGCUUGAUGUUCCAGACACAACAACUGGUUCCUCAGAUGUCCCCCCAACCAUUAUAGUGAAGAUUGAAGCAGAUGGGGAGUCGUAUCAGUGGUCCCCAAAACUGAACGGGGAGCGAGAGGCGGCUGCCAUGCCAGCUCUCCGGCAACAGCAGCACUUGGCCACUGAGAAUAUGGAGACCUUCAUGGAUGAGUCCCAGGCCCAGCAGCAGGCGGAGCAUGAGAGGCAGCGCAAGGCUCGUUUCUCCGAAGAGGAAAAUGACGUUCUCAUCAACAGUAUUCUUCCUCAUUAUGAUAAACUGUUUGGCAAACUGGCCGCACGGACCUCCACCGCAGUGAAGAACGCCCUGUGGAGGGAAAUCGCUGCUGCCGUCAAUGCCAUCUCUGCCUACCCACGCUCACUGCAGAACUGUAAGAAACGAUAUGCCGACGUGAAGAGAAAAGUCAAGGAGAAGCUGUGCAAGAUUGCCAAACACAGCUUGGCUACGGGCGACAGGGCGCCUCUCAGCAUCUCCUUCUGGCCAUACGAGCGCAUCAUGGAGAAGAUUAUCUCUGCUGAAGUAGUAGCCGGAGUCCCCGGUGCCACUGAUUCUGGUAGAAUGGCUGAGCCCAAUGCUGCAGGUCCAUCAGAUUUCGAUGCUGGUUCUGAGUAUUUCACUGAUAUCCAAGAUGGAAGUGAAUCAGCAAGAUCUGAGAUAGAAGAUCCCCAGAUGCCCAUUCAUCAUUUCCCUGUGGACAAGGAGGACCACGGUAUAUCACACAUGGAAGGGGGCCUCCCUCAUCCUCAAGAAGAAACACAGAUUGUUCAAGAGGAACCUUUAAGAGAGAGAAGGCCGAAUGCAUGUAGAGUUGAUCCAAGCCAAAGGUCCAGAGAGCUGUGGAGCACUAGACAUCAUCAUUCCGUGAGAGAUCACACGACUCUUAUCUAUGCUGAGCAAAGUCAUUUCCGACGGACCAUGGCAAAGAAGUUAGACAUCCUGAAUAACAAUGUGAAGGCACUAAACAAGAACGUUAAGGCUUUCCAGCAUUCCUUCAACCAAAGCAUCAUGGCCUUGUCUCAGUCUAUGCAACAGCAGAACUCCAUCUUUGAGAAGCUCUCCUCCAACCUGCUCCUGAUGGCCCAACAACAGCAGCAACACAAUCAACUAUGCACCACUGCCAUAAAGCAACUAUUCCAGAUCUUUCCAUCAUCCAGAGACUCCGUGCCACUGUCCAUGCCCAAUGAGAUGCCUAGUGAUGCCACUAGUGAAAUGGAGACACUAAAAGACCUGCCAGCUCAGAAAGAACCUUGUGCACAUGAGGUCACAGGCCCUAGGAGGCCUUCAAGUCCAUCAGGAGAAGCACCCAAGAGAAGGCGCCAUUAAGACUUGGAGACGUUAUCAUAUGUAGCACUCAACAACUAACUAGUUAUACCUAAGCACUAACCAGCUCUGGUUUUAGAGAGAUAAACCUCAUAUUUUAUAAAGAAAGUGGAUUUUUUUUCCAUUUGGGAAAAUUUUCUUUUCAGUUGACUAAAUCUUUUGGUGUAUUGUCUGUAUGUGAUGCAGGCAGGGCUUGUAGGGUCCACCAGAGUCUCCCCCACAUCCAGGCUCUUCUCACAGUCAUUAGAUGUACAACAUGAUACAGGGGCUGGAUGUUCCAUGUCUGGAUGGUGCAAACUAGUGAUGUGAGGGGUGACCCGAAACCUUCUGUGACCUGAGGGCUGAGCAGCACUGGGCCAGACUGGGGAAUUAUAGUCCUCCAACAGUUCUGCAGAGGAGCACCCAGAAGUAACACACAGAGUAACUCGACAUGGGUCUGCUGUGGGUCCUACUAUGGCAACAUGUUGUGGGGGGGAGUUUUUCCUGAACCCACAAAUGACUAGUGGAAACAUCUGAUCAUCUUGUCCUACAGGGGGGCACCCUGAGCUGAUUAAGUGUUGUAUCAUUAAUAAAGUAUUCUGCUAAUUAUCCCGGCCCAAAUCAGGCCUCA